GUUCAAAUAAUAACCAAUAGAGUUUUAUUCUUGAUUCCCGAAGUGGAUGGAUAAUUUGACUCAUUUAAACUGUUUAUGACUAUUUAAGAAGAUUAAAGUUUUGUCCUAUUUAAAGGCAGUACAAGCAGGGUCGUUUUGUCAGUUCUCAUCUUGAUCUUUCUCUCGUCAAACUUAAAAUGACUUUAUUUGUAUCUUUUUUGUUGCUUACAUUACCCAUCAUUUCAAGUGGACUCCAGUUGUCUAAUGAAAAGUCACAAUACACUUCUCAAUCUUAUAACAAUCAAUUGACUGAUCAGCUCUGUGGUCGCGAUACUACACCAGGACAAGUGCCAUUCUACGCUUCAAUAGAAGUGAAUAGUCGAAAAUUUCAUUGCAAAAAGUGUAGUGGUGUUUUAAUUGCGAGGAGAUGGGUUUUGACUGCGGCUCAUUGUACAUUCAGUGUUUUUGGACCCAUACAAGUUGUUUUAGGUGACGAAUGGAACAACAAAACAAUUGGAGUUGAAAAAGGUUACAUCCAUCCGGAUUAUAAUCGUCGAACACAAGAAAACAAUAUUGGUCUUUUAUAUUUGAAAGAGCCAGUUGAGUUCAGUAGGAAUAUCCAACCAAUUUGUUUACCAGAACCUGGCGAAGAUGAAACUUUUUAUGGUCGCAAUGGAACACUGGCUGUCUGGGGAAAAAUAAAUCAAACAGAGAGAAAAUUACCAACAAAUAUGCAAAAAACCAGUUUGCCGAUCAUUAGAUCUGAUGAUUGUUGGGAACCAUACGCAAAUGCUGGCUUCAAGAAAUCAGUUUACCCUGAGUUGGCUCUGUGUGCUCAUUAUCCAGAUGACGUGAAAGAUGUAUGUUUUCCUGGGUCGGGCAAUGCGUUUAUGGUCAACGUCGGAAAACAUUGGGUACUUGCUGGAAUUUCACUGGAAAACUUAAGCUGUGAGAAGCGGUAUUCGCCAAGCAUUUAUCUCAGUGUUGGAUUUUACUUGGAUUGGAUUAAAACAACUGUUUACUAGUUAUAGUUGUAUCAUAGUUCAUACCUUCAACAAUGCUUAAAUUAACAAAAAUAAAGAAAAAAUAGU